ACCGACCGCCGUGACGUCAUCGAGCGCGCGCGCGUCACGUGACCGCUGCUUCCUUCCCCUCUCUCCCUCCCGCCUCCUCCGUUCCAUUCAACUUGAGGCCUCUGUGCUGUUAAAAGUCGCAUCGACCAUGGCCGUGAGCCCAGCGGUGUCGUUCCUGCUGUCGUCGCUGCUGUCCCUGCUGCUGUUUGCCGGCAUGCAAAUGUACAGCCGGCAGCUGGCGGGGGGCGAGUGGCUCACCAUCUUCGGAGGAUUCCUGGGAUCUGUGCUCUUCCUCUUCUCCCUCACCGCUUUCAACAACCUGGAGAGCAUCAUCUUUGGCAAGGGAUUCCAAGCCAGGAUAUUUCCAGAGAUUGCGCUAUGCCUCCUGCUAUCCAUGUUUGCCUCCGGGCUUAUCCACAGGGUGUGCGUCACCACGUGCUUCAUAUUCUCCCUGGUGGCGCUCUACUACCUGAAUAAGAUCUCGUCGACCGUAUACCAGUCGGUGCCUACCGCGCAAGCGGCCGUCAAGCCAGUGAAGAGCAAGAAGAAGUAGAGCUGCCGAGGGCCGGGGAGGGGGGGAGAGACGCGACGCCGACCAGACUAAGUCAACCAAAUGUUAGCGGAGAACCAGUGUGACAACAACAAUAACAGCUGCUCCACACACGUUCCUCUGUGUGGUCUUAUCCGCGUGGGUGCAUGCAAUUGUGAGCGAGCGAGCGUGUGUGUGUGUGUGUGUUUGUCGGGAGUGGGCGUCUUUGUUAUGGUAAUCACCUUUUCAUAUUACGGCACUCGAGGAUGCGGUCAUGUCGGUCGCCGCCGCCGUCGCGCGCCUGGCUGCCUUUCCUCCCUCGCCCGUGCCGAUGUUGACCACACCGCCGCCCUCCCCCCCCCCCACCUCUCCCGAGGUUGUAAUUUCAGGCCGAGUGACCGUUCACUGUAGGGGAAAUUCGCCAACUACUGCUACCGCUCUUCCCGCGAACACACUUGCCCCUGACACUCUAGAAGGUCAAACUUGGUGGGGGUGCGGGGAGGUGUCUUUGGUGGUUAGCAGACUGCGCUGCAGUGGCCAGCAAUCUGCCGUCCAUUUUCCGGGGCUCGUGCAUUGGCUGUCUAAAGCAGCGUGGCACCCGCUGACAGUGAGCAGUCGUGUCGACUAAACAAUAAAAAAACUACUGCGUAGGCCAAGAUGCGAGCUGUGAUCGCAACGCGUCGCGGCCUGACGAAGCGGUUCAGCAAUAAUGCAAUCUCGCGACCGGUUUCGACCUUCUGGAUCUCAUCGACGGUGCAAGGGUUCUUGCCCAAGUAAUCGGUUGUGAGAUUGAUGAUAAAGUGGCUGGUCGCUCUGCAAAGUGAGUUUUCGUAGUUUUGUCGGCAGAACUGAUCCGCAUGAGCAAACCCCCGUGUCUCGCUUGCGGCAGCCGGUUUACAUUGUACUCUUUCAUUCCCAGACAUCCGUACGUACACUUUCCGUAUUGGGGUUUUGGGUGCGUGUUAAGUGGACUCGCUCAGCUCUCGGAGGCUGGUUAGCCGACUCUGGGCGCUCUUUUGUGGACGGCAGGCAUACUUGGGGGUUUUCCACCCUGAUUUUGUGCAGCCUUCAUAGUUCACAGCGGACUUGUGUUAUCUAACACGUUGAUCGCCUCACUGCCACGCGCUGUUAUCGGUCACAGCCGUGGGUCAGCCUUCAGGUCAAUUCAGCCUAACAUUAGUGUCUGGUGUUGGUAUUGUAGACGAAGGCCAGUGAGACAGAGACAAGCCUGGCUUGCGUGUCGUUCGUUAGUGUGCAGAGCUGAGCCGAGCCUGCCCGAUUAGGUGUCCACCAAACAACUGCAGCCCCAACGUCCUUUGUACAACUUAACGGGGACAUCUGUGUGCGCGUGUGUAUGUGUGUGUGUGUGCGCCCAUACGAGUGUGUGCCCAAAUUAGUCUGUGUCAUAACGUGGCAGAACAUAUACGUGUGAGUUUUGGCAGCCAACUUAUUAACAGGAACAACACCUUAAUAAAAUGUGAUUUGUUAAA